AUGGCUGAGCCGAAUCGCCCUGCAACUGCCAGAUGUCCGCCCUCCCGGCAGGUUCGGGGUACGAGGCUUAAUACUAUAAUCGAAGACGCGCGCGAGACACAAUAUGCAGACAAGACGGGGCCUAGUCCGACCGACAACGGGCCAAGGAGUCCACCACCGCAAUUGAAGCUGAGGACCGCUGGGCUUUCGCUGCCGUUGGCAAGUCAACAGCGCAGGUUCCUGUCGCCGCUGUCGGCUGGGUCCGUCUCGUCGUGUUCGGAUGUGGAUUGGCAGAAUCAGAUGAAGAACUUUGAUGAGCUCUACGAUGCGACGGACGAUGAGUCGGAUUUCAGUGACGAGUGCAUGUCCUAUACGAGUACCCGGCCUACCAGCUUGACGACACCGACCACAAGGACCGGCUCGGUGACGUCUCCGGGUUCACGAAGACGCUUGCCAGCUCUCUCUAUCCCCUCAUCGAAUCUAUGGCCUUCGCUCCAUGGGGCUCCGAAAAGCUCGCCGGUUCCGCCCACGCCUCCGCAACGGAUCCCCGUUUCUCCAGCCGCUCUCUCGCUGUUGUCACGUACUGUACCGGCAAUGCACGCGACCCCGUCGUUGGAUGGCAGUGUGUCAUCAGAUCAGGUGUCUAACCUCAGCACUCCGUCGACUCCGUCGUUACGAUCUCUCCCAGAUACCGACUGGAACUCACGCGAGAUCCAUGUUCUACCCGACCUGGACGACUCACACCCGGAUAUCGCCACCUCCGAGACGGAAGAGAUACCAAGCAUCGAGGUUCCUAUCGAGAGUGCCGACGACGACUGGCGUCGCUUUAUCGGAGAGUUCCCCCAGAUACCUGGCCAGACUACACCGCAAGCCGGCUAUUUUCCACCAGAACUCACCCGCGAGGAUACACCGUCGGACCAAGGUGUUGCUCUGCCUGAAGGUGCUCUGGCGACGUUGCAGUUCAUCCCUCUGGAAGGUACGCCGGAACCGUGGUCGGAGACUUCAGAAGCGAACGAGGAAAUGUGGCAGAUUGCAGCAUCAUCGGGGCCGCGUCGCCUCGAAGAUGAGACGCCGGUGUCUGCGAUGUCAGAUUAUAGCUUCACGAGACUGGACAUACCGUCACCUGGAGGUUUUUUCAACUCGCUGGCUCCUCGAGCUCGUCAUACCUGGUCAAUUCCGAAGCUAAGCAAUGCUCCCACGUCUGCAACUGCUGAGCGAUUCUAUAACCUUCCUUUUCCGCGAGGUGAAGGAGAAGUUGUCGAGCAAGUCAUCGACUUCCCGGAGAGGUCGAAUGACGAGCAGCUGACAGCGAUCUACGCGCCUCCGACUGCGAUCAAGAUACCCGAGAGCCCGGCAUACCCGCCAACGGAGGGGACCAUUAGCCCUGUCAGCGAAAGAGUUCAUGAGAUCUCGAGGCCAGUCACCACGUACGAUCCCGACGAGCAAGAUGAGAAUUAUGCUGAGGAACUCCAGAAGAAGGCAUUGUCGAGCUUGGACAGGACUAGCGUUUGGCUAGCGGCGCAGGCUUCUUAUCUUGCAGCGCUCAGCGAAACGAAUCCAGUCAACAACCUUGCCGAUGAGGAGGAGGCAGCUGAGGAGGUGGACGAUAGUGUCCAACAGGCCGCCAAAGCCCUUGAACGCAAGGCUUCCAUCCGCGUGGCCGAGACGUUCCCGGAACCGCCUAGUUCUCUUCCUGCUGCUGAGGCCAGCAAGGAUUCGAUCUACUGGCGCGGCUUCCGCUUCCUCCUUGAGCAGUCUAAACGUGGAGAUACAUUUGUUCAUCGCAGCACUCGCUUCGAUGCUGUGCAGUCUUCCCGUCUUGGUCUGUCCGGUCUUCACAACAAGUGUCUGCUUGGGAACUACGAACUAGUUCUUCCUGAGCGCCCAGCCUACAGUGGGCCGUUCGCGAAGGCGCCUCGCAACUCCGUGCUCCCUGGGAUCUUGCAGCAAAAGGCUCAGUUCUCCAUGGUCGAGAAGGAACAACUCGUUCUUUCCCAAAUCAGCCAGCCAAUGUGGGCCAUGGAGGCCUUGAGAUACCUGCACGGUGGCAGUCUCAUUGCAAGUCCGGCACGGAAGCGCCUCUCGAAACGUGCCACGAUGACGACUGCCCAAAAGACUCACAAGCGCCGCCAGAUCCGGGUUCUCGACCUGGGAGGCCAUGCGACAGCCGAGUGGGCCUGGCAUCUCGCGCACGACUAUCCCCAAGUCAAGGUGUACACUGUCUACACCGAGCACCAACAGGUCAAUCAAGCGAUAAAAGGACCUCCAAACCACCACCACAUCCAAGUAUCCCAGCUCUGGAAGCUCCCAUUCCCCGAUAACAAGUUCGACGUGAUCUCGGCUCGCUCUCUGCCCGCAUUCCUGAAGACGGAACGCCCGGCCGGGGAGAGCCUAGACGAGUACGAUCUCUGUUUACAGGAAUGUCGUCGCUGUCUGAAGCCUGGCGGAUAUCUGGAAUACCUGGUGAUGGAUGCCGAAAUUGCCCGCGCUGGACCCUACGCCUCCGCAACAUCCAUCGAGUUGUCGUUCAGCCUGAAGAUCCGAGGCUACGACCCAGUUCCCACCAAGCAAUUCCUCGGUCGUCUCCGUAAGCAAGGCUUCGUUGGCAUCAAGCGAGGCUGGAUGUACCUACCUAUGGGCACUGAACCACCAAAGCCUCAAGUCCCGAGAGAGACUCCUGACCCGCGGGUAAAGAGUCUAAUCGACGACUACGAGCCGGUUCAGGGACCAUUGGGAAGUACGGCCGAUAUGGCGUCCAUUACGGGCUUGCUUGGCGGUUGGAUCUGGGAACAGUGGCUGCUCAAGUUGCAGGUUGAGAUGGGUCGGGAUAAGGGCAAGUUGCUUGAGGGGAUUGGGAGUGUUUUCGAUGAGGGACGGAAGAACGGGUCUGGCUGGACUUGCUUGUCUGGUUGGGCUAUGAAGCCGUUGAAGAAGCAGGGCAAUGGGAUGGCUUGCUGA